AUGACCACUUGCAUAGCUCUGGACGACAAGACUGUCCGUCGUAUUCUGACGACUCUGACAAAGGAGGAAACGAUUGCAUUUAGAAACGAGCUCGCAAAGGCAUUGCAACUCUUUUCCACUGCCCACGAGAGAAAAUACCAACCCGAACCAGCGGUUGUUGAGCGCGAAGGCCGAAAGAUUCUAUUCAGACCUUUUACCUCUCAGGAGGGGCCCGGCAUCAAGAUUGUCGUCGACCCCACAGUAUUGGCAGAAUGCUCGUCUCGCAAACAAGGCUCGGACUCUGAAUCCGCAAAACCAACAUUGCAUGGAGUCCUAGUACUAUGCGAUCAGAUUGGACGGCCAACUGGCCUUGUUAACGCCGAUGAAAUCACUGGGUACCGUACGUCGCUCAGUGUAAUGAUCCCAUACCUUUGGCGCUUCCACACCGAGAAGCUGGUGGUGUUUGGCGCAGGAAAACAAGCAUUAUGGCACGUCCGAUUGGCGCUGGUGCUACGUGGAGAAGAAAUCAAAGGCAUCACCAUCGUCAAUCGUUCUCCGGAAAGAUCUCGAUUGCUACUGUCUCAGCUGCAUGAUGAGGGCAACUCGAAGUGGCCGUCUGCUGUUGAAUUCAGGACUUUGGACCACGGGCAAUCUAACUACGACAAUGCUCUGAGAACUGCUUUGGUAGAAGCCGACGCCAUUUUCUGCACAACUCCUUCUAGAAAUCCCCUCUUUCCAGCAAGCUACGUGACCACCAACCGUCCGCCUAAGAAGAAAGGUUGCUAUAUUUCAGGGGUCGGAUCCUGGCAGGCUGAUAUGGCCGAACUUGACCCUGAGUUACUUGUCGAGGCCGCCUCUCGAGGGUUAGAGCCUGGGUCUACAGGAGGUGCAGUGAUCGUUGACGACCGUGAAGGCGCAUCCACGGCCUCCGGCGAGGUUAUACGAAGCAAGCUUAAAGCCGAGCAACUGGAGGAACUGGGAGAACUGUUGAACCUCAGUUCAACUAACCGUGAUAUGUUCUCAGAAAAGGUAAAACGACACCUUGCCGAGGGUCUGGUGGUGUACAAGAGCAUUGGUGUGAGCUUGACCGACCUGGCAGCCGGUAACGCUCUUCUUGCAUCUGCGAAAAAUCGGGGUCUGGGAGUUUCCCUGAGCGACUUCUAG